AUUUUUGUUUAUUCUUUUGAAACCCAGAGAUUCUCUCAUGCCGUUUCUUCUUCAACCCCUAUCAACCAUUCCCAUUUCCUCACCAAAAUCUCACCAUUCUCAUCAGAUUUUCCUCUGAAAUCUCCUUCCUCCACUCCAGAUCCGAUUUUCCUCUGUUUGGAAGAUGAAGAACGCGCGGAGGAAGAAGAAACAGAAGCCACCACCGAACAAGGUUGAGGACAAAAAAGGGGUCGUUGAAAAAAAACCUGCAGAAGAAGAAGAGACAAAACGCAUCGUUUUGGAGGCGUUGGUUGAAGCGUUCUCCUUAUCUUCCAUCGACGAAGCUGCAAUGGCUUACACCGUUGCCGGAGGUGAUCCCGGCAAGGCUUCGGAGAUUCUCCGGCGAGGUUUAACCGACACCGCUGAGGACUCCUUUUUCCCUUCUUCUUCUGCUUCUUCGUCAAGCGGUGGCAGCAGUGGGGUUUCUUCCGGGUUGGAUUUUUCCUCCUCCACUUCGGGUUCCUCUGACGGGUUUCUGGAGCCGAGUUUUGGGGAUUUCAAAGGGGGUAAGCAGAAGAAGAAGGUGGUCGCCGCCGCGGGUACUGUUUCAACGGUGUUGGGGAAAGAGUAUGUGAGGAGGAAUGCAACCAGGAACAAAGGGUUUCGGAAUGGGUUUGUGGAGAAGGAAGAUGCAGAGCAGUUUCUCUGCUCCAUGCUUGGAGAUGAUUGUGACCUUAAUCUCGCUGUUGUUAGAGAUGUUCUUUGUCAGUGCGGAUAUGACAUUGAAAAGGCCAUGGAUGUAUUACUUGACUUAUCUGCGUCCACAAGUGACCAAUCCGGUAAUGAUACACGUCCUGAUUACAGUGGUUAUAACCCGGCUGAUAUGAGAUUCCUUAUUGAUCAUAAUGACUCUUUUGUUGAUAGGAGAUCAGAGUGUGCAUCUCUUUCAUCGGAAGGUGAUUUUUCUGAUAAUUUCUGGUCUCUGGGAUCUUUUGGCAGGAAUUAUGCGGAGGUCCUCUCAAGUUCCAAAGCUAGUUCUGCUAUUAGCCCAGAAUGUACAAAGUCAGAUCUUCCUCAAAAGGUGUUGGAAUCUUUGUUUAAUGUUCCCAAAAGCUCUGAGCGCGACGCCGGUACCAUGAAUUGGAGAAAUGUAGCAAAGAAGUUGCAGUCUUUGGGACCUGGGUUUGAUGUUUGUCCAAAUGUUGCAGAAUCUCAGAAGCGUACUUAUCCAAAAGGAGAUGAAUAUCUCGUGUGUAGGGAAGAUGCAAAGCAGCACUGGGGUUCAAUGAAAUCUUAUUAUCAGAAAGCUGCAACAGCAUUUACCAGAGGUGAUCGAGCUUAUGCUGCAUAUCUUUCUGACCAGGGAAAAGAACAAACUAAAUUAGCUCAGAAAGCAGACACUAAGGCAAGCCAUGACAUAUUUGUAGCUAGAAACAAGGAUAUAGAAAAUGUGAUAACUAUUGAUUUGCAUGGUCAGCAUGUAAAACCAGCAAUGAGAAUGCUAAAACUUCACCUACUGUUUGGCUCAUAUGUUCCUUCUGUCCAGACACUGAGGGUUAUCACAGGAUGUGGAUCGCAUGGUGUUGGAAAGUCCAAGCUGAAACAAUCAAUUAUAAAGCUUCUAGAUAAAGAGGGAGUUGAAUGGAGUGAAGAAAACCGGGGAACUGUGUUGAUCAAACUUGCUGGAUGUAGAGAGUUUAGCUUUCUGGACACUGACAGUGAUAGUGAUAGCAAUUGAUCAAGUUUGUACAAGCUGACUGCUGACUUAUCUGCUUUUUGUACCAAAUUUAGAUAACCUGACAAAUAAAUUAGAGCUAGCUGUGACAUUGACAUGUACAUUUGGUGUCUGUUUUAUUAGCCAAGCUCCUUGUUUCUGACACAGAUCUUUUGGCACAUUCUGUGUUGUAUCAUAUCAUGUAGAACCUGGAGCUCAAUUCUAGGUAAGUUGUUUUAGCCAAGAUUGCAUUCCUAGAGUAGGCUAACGACCUUAGAUGCUCUCAGUGUUGUACAUAUAUGAAUAUUCAAAGAUUCUUAUCUGUCAGGGUUUUUUAUUUUUCAUUUAAGUUCACCAUUUAUUUUGUUGAA